CAUAUGCUUUCGGCAAUUUAAAUAUAAGUUCGUGUUAUGUGAAUAUAUAUUAAACAUGCUAAAUUAUAGAUUUUUUACUGAACAAAUUCGAAAAUGGAGGAAGGAUAAGGUGACAUGCGCGGGCCAGUAUAACAGCCCUAUUGUCAGAAUGUAAGUUAUGUCUCUAUACUGAGAACUACUGCCGCGGGCGCACCAAUACAUCACUACCAGCCAACGGAAUUGUCUAAGAAUCGCCGUGUGCCUUACCGUGGGGAUUAGUAUGGCCAGGACCCAGGGAUCUAAGUAGUGGGGGUGCUGCUGCAUGUUGUUACCACCCCAUCUCAGGGGGAGUACCAAUUGUGUCAGGAUAUUUCCUGUGUGACGAUGGAUCUUGUAAUAUACGCUUGACCUCUCAAUCAACAGCAAUUGGAACAAGAAAAAAAUGUGGAGCUCUUGCAAGAGAUAUUUUGUGGUAUUGGUCAUGAUAAUGGUGCUCUAUACAUUCUCCGUAAUUUUGAGAACGAGUGUGCGUCCCGACGAUGGCCUUCAAGGUUUAUACAAGGAAUUAGACUUUCGGUCAUCGCUAUUGGAAAGGAAGGUAUCCGCCCCUAAAUGCAGCAAGAAAACUAACGUGGCCUUUCUCAAGGUUCACAAGGCGGGCAGCACGACUGUCAUGAACAUCUUUAUCCGAUUUGCCCUCAGAAAUGACCUCAACAUGGUGUUACCUCGUCGCAGCAAUGGCUCAGGGUUCAACUACCUUGGGUACGGAAAAACAAUCGACCGCAAAAAUAUCAUCCCGCUUCCGGGAAACGAAACGUACAACAUCCUCUGUAAUCACGUGGUGUAUAAUAAGGAGGCGUUCGAUUCUGUCAUGCCUAGUGACUCUGUGUAUGUGGCUAUAAUGAGGGAGCCCAAGUCUCACUUUAUUUCAGCUGCCUCUUACUACGGGUUUAUCCCAGUCCUUAAAAAAGUAUUUCCUGAAUUAAGAAAUGCAAGUGCAGGGAUAUUAUUGGAUCGCUUUUUACGUGAGUUUUCCAGAAGAGGGGACAAUGCAAAUCGCGGCCUGGCGUAUGUUAACAACCGCCAGUCGUUUGACUUUGGAAUUCCACAAACAAUGUUCAGAAAUAAACUUGAUAUCAGCUCGUAUAUCCAAAAACUAGACAGGGAGUUCCCUCUCGUAAUGAUAAUGGAAUAUUUUGACGAGUCUCUAGUGUUGAUGAAGAGGUUGCUGUGUUGGGAUUUACAAGAAAUCUUAUAUGUGCCUCUUAAUAUUAAUAAGGGCAAAAAGAAAAACCCUGUGCAACUACCAGAAAGCUCGGAGAAAUUUCUCCACUUUUUUGACUAUGCAGACUUUCAGAUGUACGAUCAUUUUCAGAAACGUUUUAAAGAUCAAGUGAAAUUACAGGGACCCGACUUUCAUGACGAAGUAAACACUUUCAAAGACAUAAAAGACCAAGUGACAAAAUUCUGUCAGAGUAAACCCCUCUCUAACCGCUCUCUAACUGUGGGGCCUACCAAAUGGAAUUCCAAGUAUAACUUGACGUCGGAAGACUGCAAAGAAAUGAUGUUACCGGAACUACAAAUGAUGCGCAUGCUUAUUGACUCGGCUAACGCCCGUUACUCAGACUGGUUAAGAGUUCAAGCGUUGAACAGUUCUCCUCGAUAGUGAUUGGUUGUGCUGCUGUGAGGGCUUAUUGGUAUGACGGAACAUCAUAUUAUUGUUAAACCGUGAAUACCCGUCAAAGUCAAUAAGAGUGGGCAAUUGAAGAAAAACAAUAUUUGAAAAAAAACCCACGUAUGUUAGCAUUGGGGGAUCCAGAGGGAGGGGGGGGGGGUUCCGGGGGUCGGAACCCCCCCCCCUUUCUCCAGGACAUAUGAUUUUUUUUAAAAACGUUUAAUGCCUAAUUUAAUGUCAAUUUUUCCAUUUUAUAAUAGAAAUACUGUAAUUAUCUCAAAUAAAUGCUUUUAAAAUUGCUUAUUGAAGGAAUUUUGUACUGCGUCCCAAAAUUUUGUUCUUAUAUGAAAAAAACCAAUCGAUUUUUUUUCGAAAUAAAGUAUAUAAGCUGUAUCGCUAAAACACAUAUUUAUAAUAACAUCUACAAUGUAUUUUCUUAUCUAUUUCUGUUUAAAAAGAAUGAUUAUAGUUCAUACAGUUUUGAACUGACAAACCAUCGAGUAAAACGACGUUCAAGUACGCAUUCGUUUUACUUUAAAAAGCCGCUUUCAAAUGUAUUGUUUAGUUAAUUUACUAAAGUAAUAAUUAAUAAUACACGAGUUUUACUUCUUUUCAUACGAAAAAUACAAAGAAACUUACAUGACCCGCUUAUGCGCGUUAUGCUAUUUCUCUGGAAUGCUAGACACCUUCAUACCCACAUGAAACACAAAAGAAAGCAUUUUUUGUUCUGUUUCCAAGAAUCGGAAAUUCUGUUACAAAAAUACCGUGUAAAGGGUUUAUAUGUCAACCAUUAUGAAAAUGCCCACCUUUUUAAAACUUUUCUAAAUAUGAUCGCAUCUGUACUAGUCCAGGUGAUGUAGCGCACCCUUAACAGAGGUCACAUCAAGUUCCGGGACGACAAUUACUUUUUCCAUUGUAUUACACACGUACCAUUUAUUCAGCAUAUAAAUUAUUCCCAUUCUUUUGUCAUAUCCUAUCAUUUAUACUUUUAUUUAAGAAGGCAAUCGAUAGAAACCAGAAUCGACAAAUAGUUCAGAAUUUAAAAACAUCAAAGACAUAAAAAAAAUUACCAAAAUAUCCAUUUUUAUAAUAGUUUGUCGUAAUUAGUCUGAGUGUUUUGUUUCUUAGUGUUUCUUUUCUAUCAAGCAUAGACGCACUUUAUCAUUGCUGGAGACCUGGGUUUCUUGAGGCUAGAUAUUACGCAAAUCUUCCUUACCUAAACCAAAACGACAAAACGUUCAAUAAUGCAGUGCACUCUGAUGAUGAAAUAGAUGGGAAAUAGAUAGUGAUGAGAUAAAUGUUGUAUACGCACGGAAAACGGUCAAAAAGUCAUUGUUUAUUGACAAAUGAUGAAUUUUGCACAUAUUGGUUUUCAUAAAAUGGAACCCCCAUUUUCAAAAUUGCUGGAUCCGCCUCUGGUUAGUACAUUUCACUUCAAGUCGACAAAGAGAAGGAUUGUUGUAAAAUAUUUAUUGUUCUGCAAAAAUGGUUUUAAGCAAAUUACGAUUGUUUUAAUUUGGGUAAACAUCAAUAAAACUGGUUCAGAGAAGGCAGAACGUUUUUGUCAACAAUUAAAAAUACUUGCCAGUUUUUUAAACAAAUUCAUUUUUUCAUUAUUUACAUGUAUUUAACAUUAAUAAAGCAUUUAAAGAAAUAAAUAGAAGAUGGUUUAAAAGAUAACAUGUUCAGUAAUGGUCCGAGUUGAAAGGUUUUCUGAUUGACGAGUAAGUGUUGUUUUACAGCUAGGUUUUCGGUAUUUAAGGGACUUGGACACGAUUUGACCUAAAUUUUUCAAAUCUUAUUUUUCCAUUUUCAAUGUUCAUACUGAUAAAUAUAGAAGUUAAUAAUGCUAUG